CAAAAUCUCUUAACUCUUGACAAAGAAAAUGAGCCCUCCCUAUUAUUCCCUUUUGUUCACUCUCACAAUCCUAUUGAGUUCUUUCCAUUGUUGUCUUUGUGCCAAUCGUCUCAUCCGACAAACAUGCAAGAAUUGCUCAAAUAGUGAUCCCAACAUAAGCUACAAAUUUUGCAUAACAUCUUUCCAAUCAGACCGUAGAAGUCACUGUGCCAAAACCCUCCAAGAACUAGGCCUAGUUUCCAUCAAGCUAGUAAGGCACAACGUGACAAAUACUAGUGCUCACAUCAACGAGCUUUUGAACCAAAAUAAGGGCUUAGACCCAUUCAUCAAAGAAUGCUUAGAUGAUUGCCUUGAAGUUUAUUCUGACGCCAUUUCAACUCUUAGAGGAGCCAUUAGAGAUUACAAGGCCAAGCGCUAUGGUGAUUCAAAUAUCAAGCUAAGCUCAGUCAUUGAUGCCUCUACCACAUGUGAGGAUGGAUUCAAGCAAAAGAACGAUGUCGUUUCGCCAUUAACAAAGAGAAACAAGGAUACUUUUCAGCUUUCCGCUAUAGCACUUUCCAUUGUUAACAUGCUCAUCGAUACGGAGAAAUUAAAGGGCACAGUUUGA